CCUAUCUUUGUGAAUGUUAUUUCCUGCCUUAUUGCAAAGAAAGAAGAUUCUAGCAUGGCUCUUCUGUUUGAAGAAUUUGACAAUAUAAGAAAGUUUGGAAUUCCUCAGAUGGAAUAUUUACUCAAUCAUGUAGUUGUAGAGAUUCCAAGUGAAUGGGAAUAUUUUGGAACUAACUUGAAAAUUCCAGGAUCUGAACUUGAAGCAAUUAAGAUGAAUGUUACUUUUGCAGGAAAACCAGACAAGAUGUUUUUUGAAGUUUUAAGAUUAUGGGAAAAAGCUCCUAAUUGUGAAGUGCCAUUUACUUGGGGAACUAUUUUGCGUGUCCUUGUUUCUCCAUCAAUUCACCAAGAACGCUUAGCUGAAGAAUUGAAAAAUAAAUUAAUUUCUGACUUAGAAAAUAAAACAGAUGACAAUGAAAUGAACAUUGAUUUAUGCCAAGGUCUGCAACAAAGUUCUGACAGUGCAAGUGAUCAUGGCUAUUAUGAUGAAGAUGAUCUCAAAAAAUUGUGCAGUUGUGGAGAUUGUUCUCUUGAAAAAAUUAUCACAGAAGGUUGUAGCAAUCCUGAUUCUUGUCAUAGGUUUCCUAUACUAGAUGUGAAAAAAUUACCUGGUUGCAAAAAGCAGCAAUACCUAUAUCUUCUUAUGAAAGAAGCAAAAGCAAUCAAUGAAGCAUUUGCCUCCCUAUUGACAGAUGUUUGUGAAUCAAUGAAGAAAAGGGAUGUAUCAGUCAAAACCAUUGCUCUUUAUUUGAAGAGCUCAAAGUUGCUUGAGAUAACAGCAAAGUCUGGUCUAACAUUGCGAGAAACUCUGGACAAUGCAACAGAUAUAGAUGACGUCUUCAGCAUUAUCUCUGAUAUUUCAUCUUGGUUUAAUCAUCACCCUUUAGGAUUGCUCAUCAACAAAUUUGGUACUGAAGAAGAUAAAACUAGUUAUGAAACAUUUCUAGAAGAGAAUGUGAUGACAUAUCUGAAGAGGAGCAUUACAGAGAUACCUAAGGACAGCUUUGGUGAGCAUCUUGAAGGGUCUGGUGACUUCAAACUAAAAUUGGAUCAUACAGCAGAGCACGAAAAUAUUUGUGGGAGUCAAAUAUAUUUUUUGAAAGGAGAAGUUGCAAAGGCACUUGACCUUCCAAUGGAGUGCCUAAAAUUGGACUCUAUUGACAAAGGAUGUCUAGAAAUAACAUUGUCCGUCCCUUUGUGUGUUCAUGAUGAAAUUUUUCCUCUAAAAUUUGAGCAAGCUCAAGAUCUAGCAAAUAUUAUUAUUGAUGGAAAUUUUCAGCUUACUAUAAAUUCAAUCUGGUAUCAGGGAUCCUAUCAUGAUAUUCCUUUUAAGAUUAAAGAACCAAUUACAUCUGCUUCAAGUCUGCAUUUUUCAAAAGCCAAACCAGUACACAAAUUCCAUCAUUCUCAAUCUUUACCAGCGGCUAAAGGUACCAGGCAAAAGUCAAGAAAACAUGGAAGACAAACAUUAAAGCGCAGACCUACAGUGCCUGCUGUGAGACAGAAGUUACCACACAUCAAAAAAUCACAUUCCUGGCCAUCCAGUAAAUCUACUGGAUCAUCCAGUAGAUCUACAAAAAAGCCUAAAUAUCUGGAGGUAGAUGUAGAUCUAUGGACUGUAGAUGUUGAAAUAUAAUAUUAAAUUUUUAUUAGAUUUACUAUUAUUGUUGCUGCUGAUGUA